GAACUGGGAAUCUUAUCAUUGACUAAAAAGUCUAUAAAAAACCAGUAAAUAUGGCUGGCAAAAUUGUUAGACCAAGAACUAGAGCAACUAGAAGUUUACACAAUAUUGAAACAGAAGAUCUAAAUUCAGCCAAGCCUCCUGUGAAUCUCCACAAGAGAUCUUGCACACAUAAUGUUCUUUGUGAAAAUGACAUUGAUGACAUUUUACUGGAAGAAGUCGGUGGUGUGCGAAAUGGCAUUUCUCAAGCAAGUGAAGCUGAAAAUUUUUGAAAAGGGCGCGGACCAGCAAAGGGACUUCAAACAAAGAAUGAUAAUAAACUUGAAGUCGAGUGGAAUGAGUAUUUGCAACCAGUGGGUGAGAACAAAAGCAAACUUGCAUCUUAUUUGGGAACCUUGGCACGUAAUGGAGUGAGACUACCUCUUUCGUUUGAUACAUGGAUAAAAGUUCCUCAAAGUAUGAAGGAUUUUAUUUGGGAAUAGAGCAAUGUUGUUGCUCCACUUGCUUACAAAAAAAUCUGUUUGCAAACUAUUUCUGCACAAUGGCGUGAUUGGAAGUCUCGUGUGAAGGAGGAUUACUUUGAUAUUAAUAAAACAAAAGAAGAAAAUUUGUUUGCAACUCCCAGCCUCAUUACAGAUCAAGAGUGGAAAUUUCUUGUUGAAAAGUGGCACACACCAAGAGAACAGGGAAAUGCUGCCAAAAAUCAACGCAAUCAAACUUUUGUGGGCCCUCCGCAUCGUACUAGAAGGAAGUCAUGCGCUGAUAUACGUUACGAGAUGGAACAAACUGGAAAACCGACUGAUAAAUUGAGCGUCUACCUUGAAAUGAGGGUGAAUAAAGAUGGCACAACAAAAGAUCACCAAACACUUGAACAAAUAAAAGCAUUUGAUGAGCGAUUAGAUGAGCUGAAUGAGGAUGAGUGUGACUGUGUAGAAAAAAGAAAUGAAAUAUUUGAUGAAAUUAUGAGACCUGAAAAUCAUGGGUGUUGCUGCACAAUGGGAACUGGACCAACCAAAUCUCAAAUAAAUAGCAAGAUGAGAGAGGAUGAAUCACUUGGUAACAAGGAGCAACUUAAAAAAGAACUAAUGGAAGAGGUCAAAAAUCAUUAUGAGCCUCUAUAAUUGCUGAAUUGAACUCCAGAAUUGAUGACUUGACAGCAAAGUUAGAUGCCUCACAAGAAAAA